AUGAUUGUAGCGAUGCAUCUGGAUAUGAGCCCGUUAUCAAAUGUCCUGAAUGUCGUCGGUAUACCAGAGUCCCUCCAGAAGGAUUACCUGUUAAUUACCGUCUACGAGGUAGGUUGCUUCAUGCAAGUCAUUGACCUCGUUUUCUUCGCAUUCCUUCCCGACGAAGAUCUGGUAGCCAUAAUGUCCGAGACAACUACAGCAACCAACAGGAAUAGCGACGACAUUGUCAGUGAAGAAAGGGGGAGUGUUCUCAAGUGUUUAGCCUGUCACGACGUUAUAACAAAGGGAAUGUAUAUGAUAUGUCGAACUUGCGCUUCAGAAGAACAAAAAGCGGCUGGCAGAGCAUCCGUUCUCAAAGCGAAACGUCAAGGUCUACUAGCUAUCGAUCGUGCUAUUGCUGGAUUCGAUUCAGGGACUACUUCUGCUAGAGAUCUCCUUAAAGAGAAAGCAUAUGAUAUUCUCCACCAAAUUGAAAUUAUUGACGAGCAACUUGAUACAGUUUCUUCCUAUGAUGCAUUCCAAAGCAAGAUCGAACAAGCUCGAGGAAUUUCAGUUGGGUUACAGCGGUUUUCAUCGGAAGUGGACAACAUUCUCAAUGAGUUCCGCGACAGCAUUUAUGCGAAAAUGAAUGAUGUUAUGGGCUCAGCUUUUGAUGAUGUGGACAAGAAUCAGAAAAAAACUCCAAUGGGUUUAGUAAAUUCUUUCUUUGGACGCUUUUGGAAUGUUUAUAUCUGUAAGCCUUUGCAAACCAGAACAGGAAUAGGUCGUAUAUGGGCUUUCUUUAGGGAGAUUUGUAUAAGAUGUGCUAAUUUUUGUGAUGCGGUCUUGAAGAAUUUAUCACAAUUUCUUACAAGCAUACUUGCCCUUACUGUCAACUGUUUCCGUUCCAGACCAACAACUACGCAAAGGUGCUUAUGAUA